AUGAACAUAGGAAAUCGUUCUUCAGCAACUGUAUUUGUCCUUGAGGGGCUAACAGAUCAACCAGCACUUCAGGUCCCACUCCUCCUCCUGUUUCUGUUGAUCUAUGUUGUCUCCAUGGCAGGAAACAUGGGUUUGGUCUUCUUAAUCAGGAUCAGCUCUCAGCUUCACACCCCCAUGUAUUAUUUUCUCAGUAACUUGUCCUUCAUAGAUCUCUGCUAUUCCUCUGUCAUAAUCCCCAAGAUGUUGGUGAACUUUGUGUCAGAGAAAAAUCUCACGCCGUUCCAUGCAUGCAUGGCCCAGCUCUUUUUAUUCUGUUUUUUUGGAAUUGAUGACUCCUACAUGUUGACAGUCAUGGCUUAUGAUCGCUAUGUUGCCAUCUGCAACCCCUUACUCUACAAUGUAACUAUGUCCCACAGAGUCUGUGUGCUACUGGCCACUGGUGUGUAUACUAUGGGCACCUUUGGGGCCAUGGUUCAUACCAGCUACAUAUCCAGUCGCUCUUUCUGUGGAAGUAAUGUCAUUCACCACUACUUCUGUGACAUUCUCCCACUCCUGAAUAUAUCUUGCUCAAGAGACAAUACCAAGGAGCUUUUGGUGAUGCUGUUGGUUGGAUUCAAUGUAUUUGCAUGUGCUUUUGCUAUCUUCACCUCUUAUGCCUUCAUUCUUGCCAGUAUCCUGAGAAUACGCUCAGCCGAUGGUAGGUCCAAAGCCUUCAGUACCUGCAGCUCCCAUCUUGCAGCUGUUGGGGUCUUCUAUGGCUCCAUCAUCUUUAUGUAUUUUAAACCAUCUACAGGUGACACAACCCAGGAGAAAGUGGCUUCUGUGUUUUAUACCACAGUGAUCCCCAUGCUUAACCCCCUUAUCUAUAGCCUUAGGAACAAGGAUGUCAAAGAAGCCCUAAAAAAAUUACUCUCUGGACCUAUGGGAAAGUAA